CAUCAAUUGCGCUGUCGUGGGCCUCAGCGUGCACUCGCAACGUCAACCCCCAUAAUGGCCCAAACAACACUGGACGAGUGGGCCAAGGAUCCCGUAGAUCCCGAAAUUCGUGCCCAUGUCUACAGUCUUAUCUCUGCCCUUGGUGGUCUCGGCGACGAUGGAACCUACUCACUCGGUGACGACGCAUUCUUGUGCUUGAAAGAUCUACGGCGAUGGCUGAAGCUGGCCGAUGGCCAAAUGAAUCGCCGCGAUGUUGCACGAUGCAUGGCCGAAGCGAACCUGGUGAAGGGAGAUCUGCUGGAGAUACUAGCCAAGGUUUCCGACAAGUUGGCACAUGAUGUGCGCAAGCAAAAGAUUGCAGUGGCUACAUUGGAGCUUCUUGUCCCUCUAACUUGGCCGUACGAAAUCGAUCCAGUCGAAGCCACCGUAAAUCACCACAGACACGGUCCCUAUGUUCAGCUGGCCCAAAUCGGUUACAAACGAUCCAUACUUCACUAUGAUCGCGUCAAGAUUCUACAGACUGUCGUCCGGGUUGCCAUCCCCUCCAUGACCGUUCCCAUACGCGAUCGAUCGCCGCGUGACGAGGGCAUAAUUCGCAUUGCAUUGUAUUUCAUAAGGAACAUCGUCAUGCUAUCACCACCUAAGAGCGUUCCUAUGGAUAUAGACGAGGCCGAGGUAGCACGCUCAGCAGUCAUCGAUUGUUUCCAGGAACAAGAUAUCUUCCAGGUUUUACUAAGCUUGGCAUCGAGCAUUGGCGACGAUUUUGUUUCGCAAGACGUCGUGAUCCUUGAAAUAUUGUUCUUCUUACUGAAAGGCAUAGACGCAGAAAAGUUGUUCAUGCAGGAAAAGAAGCUCAACAGCAAGAACACAGAGGAACUCAAGGAGUUGAUCCAAAAAGAGAAGGCCAUGCUUGCUGGCCAUGCACGGCACGCUCCUACACGUCACAAUCGGUUUGGUACUAUGAUAUGGCUUAAACAGGAUGAAGACAAGGUAUCUACAAUUUCUGGACAGGAUGUGCUCGGCAAAGCGCAGAAGAGCAUGCAGAAGAUGGACGCUACGAAGAAAUGGAAUAAGCCCAAAUACACUGGAAGAAAGCGCGGUGUAGAGGGGGACCUGGAAGAAUUCGAUCUGCCUGUGGCUUUGACAUCAUCAGCACGCCAAUCCAUCAAAGCCUUCGUUGAAGAUUUCCUGGACUCGUCGUUUAACCCAUUAUUUCAGCAUUUACGAAAAGCACUUGAGCGCGAGGUUGAACGUGUGGAGACGAGACAUUCCCGUCAAUACUUCUAUCUCGUCUCAUGGUUUCUUCGUGCAGAGUGUGCUCGUCGACGAACCAUGAAAGAGAAGGCUGCAGACUCCAAGGGUGGGGAGGUAUUAGCUGCCGAGGAUGAGAGCUACGGACUUGUUGCAGAGGUGAUGAAUCAGGAAACAUUCAUCCUGCUCAAUCGGUUUAUGCAAAAAAGCGAGGACGAAAAGGCCUGGCAGGAUCUGAAUGCUGGCAUGAAAUGCUUCACUCAAAUCUUACUUACCGUGCACGAGAUGUCGGAAUCGGCUCUCGACGAGGACCAGGAGAUUGCCGAGAACAUACAGAACCGCAUCUUCUACGAGGAAACCACGCACGACCGCAUUGUGCAUACCCUGAGAUCCUACAAAGACCAAGGGUUUGGCUACCUGGAUGCGGUUACGGAAUUGGCACAUGUCUUUUUGCGGAUGUUGGAACGCUACUCUAAACAAAACGUCGACAUGCAAGUGCGCUCAAAAAAACGCGCCCGGAAGAUACGGAAGAAGCAGGCUCAGGCCGAUGGGCAGGACAACGGAGAGGAGGGCCAUGUUUCUGAGACAGAAGACAUAACUGCUGCGCAAAAAGUCGUCUCGGAAAGAAAGUUCGACUUUGCACGCUUCGCAGCCAAGUUCAUCAACCAGAGCAGCGUCAACACCUUCGUCGCCUUUACCAGGUAUUACAAGGAGCUGAGUACAGAACAACUCAAACGUGCCCACCGUUUCUUCUAUCGCGUCACGUUCAAGAUGGAUAUUGCAGUGUUACUCUACCGCGUGGACAUCAUACAUUUAUUCAAUAAGAUGAUCAAAGGCCCAGAAGGGCUAGACCCAGAAUCACCAUCAUUCAAAGAAUGGGAGGAAUUCACGAGACACUUCUUCCGUGUAGUAGUGAAAAAGCUACAAGAGAGACCAGAGCUCUUUGUGGAGAUGUUGUUCAGUAAAGUACCUGCAACUAUCUUCUUUUUGGAGCACGGGUAUGACAAAGAAUUACCUUCACGUACGCCACGUGCGCCAGCUGAGCUCGAGGUUAAGCCUGGCAUGGAUAAACCUGAACAAAUCGGAGUAGCUGUGGGCGUUUUGGUCAAUCAGCAAAAGUCGGACGCUUUGCAUUGGGUACGAGAUGUUCUAGCGUCUGCAACAGAGGAGCGAAAGGCGUGGGAGGACCUCGAGGAAGCACGCAAAACUGCCGCUGCUCUAGAAAUCACAGACGGAGAAGAUCCUCCUGCGGCCCCAGAAGACGAUGAUCACAAACCACCUUCCAUAUUCAUCAAGCCGGACAAUGAGGAACGCCGCAUAGCUUUGUUCAAAGACAAUAAACUAAGGCUUCUGAUGACCCUGGUGGGCUUCGUUCGACUAGGGGCUCAUGAUGAUCCAGAAGCUAGUUGGGUUGUUCCAUCUUCAUUAACUUCCGCUGAGCUGCAAGAGGCAAUUGAGUUAAUUCGCAAAUUCGAAUUCGAUCCCCCUGCAUAUGAGGAUGGGAAGAAUCCGGAGGACAUGCUUCGCAGUAAGGCUGCUGGACGGCGCUCUACACGCCGUGCGAACUUUGACGAUGAUUCAGACGGCAUAGAUGACGAUGGUGAAGAAGACCGUGGAGAGUAUGGCGUGGACGGACCCACUGUAAGAAUUGUAGACGGCACAGCUAAGAAGAAGCUGAAGAGGCGGCGACGAGCAAGAACUCCCGUGGAACUUGACGAAGAGGAAAGAGAGCAGAGGGCUCAAGCGAGGCGUGAAAAGGAACUGGAGAAGCAACAAAAGGUCAAGAGUACCAUGUUUGUGCAUGACUCUGACGAGGAGGAUGACGACGAGAGGGAUGCUGAGUUCUUUGCCCGCGAAGAGGCUUUGCGAGCGCAGACGAAUGCUGUUAUCAAAAGGACCUUAGCUGAUCCAGAGUUUGGGGGUCCAUCUUCCAAGAAGCGCAAAGCGGAGAAGACCUCAGACAGCCAGCCGAAGAAACGCAAAACACCCCCGAGGCGGAAGACAGGGCCGUUCGACACAGAUGAGAGUGAAGAAGAAGAGGAAGAGGAAGAAGAGACAAAAGAUAUAUCAGAUGAUGAUAGCGAGCAUAUAGCUGCCGACACUCCUCUAUCAUCGCAACAUGCCAGCACGGACCACACUACUGACAAGCCAUUGACAGUCACAGUGGCAAAGGAUGCCGAUGCGGUCAUGGUAGAUGUAGAUGGCGAAGAGGAUGAGGAUGAUGCAUCGAUAGUUCGUAGGCCGCUGGCGAGAAACGCCAGGGCCGGUUUCGUCAUUGACAGUGAUUCUGACUACCUCACUCUCAAGACAUCGCCAUGCCCUUCUCCCCCUCAAUCUCCAUACCCGCCUGCUGAGCGAACUACUUAUCGUAGAACAUUUGAGCAUAUCCGCUCUCGCUGGGAAGCUGCCCAGUGCUUGAGCGCUACACCUUCAAAAAUGCCCGGGCGCAAAGAGAAGUCUAUACCGCACCAGGACCUUACAAAUGACGAAAACGUCGGUCCUCGCAGAUUCAGGCGGAAACUCAGCGAUGGCCUGUCCUUCAUUGCGAAUCCGCUUUCACAACGCAAACCUGUUCAGCUGAGCACAAGCAGCUCAACACUGGCUACAGAUGCACCAGCGAUGGAAGCGCGCGACCCUCUCCAGGCAGCAAACAAUCGCGGCCUUUCCAAAGAUUCUGGUGGUAGUUCUACGAUCCUCCAAAAAUCCUCGGCGCUACAUCAACUUUCUCAACCUUCUCAACCAUACAAUAACGAGAGCGUAUGGGCUCGCUCGGAUCGUGGCAAAACGCCCAGUCAACUGCCCCAUUCACGUACUAUGAGCUAUAUUCCGAGACCUAGUCGUAGAGAAUCGGCAUCCUCAAUGGCGGGCUCGGACACAGGCACGAUUAGAAAAGUAUCCGCCGAUAGCCCUGACAAAGACACUCGGAACCCCCCAUCAAAGAUCCCAACGCCUAGUCCCACUUACGGUCAUCGCUGGCCUACGAGAUCAUAUAGCCCAGCGGUAGACGCUGUAUUGUCGGCUGCUGAACAUGGGCGUGCUGGCAGUCCUUCCAAUGCACACACAACCCAAUCCCAACCGAGUGGAUCGACUCGUUCAUCCAAUACCUCCAGUUUGACAGCUAUACAGCCACUUAGGGCAACAGCCAAGGAAUCUGUGAUGCCUACCUCACUUAGUUCCUCUGAUACACCCUGGCCUAAAACAAUCUCAUUCCAAGAUGACCCGUCUCGGCCAAAUUAUCGGUCCCAACGGUAUAGCAUGGGUCUAUCUAAGAUACCGGAGACUUCACCAAAUCGCCUGGGCACAAAUGAGUCUGUGAUAGAUAAAGCAUCUCCCGGCGUCAAUGUUGAUCAAAAUGUGAGCGGCCACGACAUCCCGGCAAGGUCACCAAUAGCCUGUCAGCGGCAAUCACAAACUUCAGAUCAAUCACCAGGAACGCUCAAACGGGAUUUUUCGAGAACAAACUUGCACAGUGCGGCGACAGCAUCAAAUGUUAUUUCACAAUCACGUGGCAGUGCAGCCCCCCGCGCUCGGUUCACAGACCCAGUGCACCCUCCUACUCCACCUGCCGCAAAGUCUACAGGUGCCCAACUAGGCUUAUAUCAAUCGAAGAAAGGAAAGGGCACAGGUCUUGGGUCUUCUACAGCUUCAGCGAGUCGAGCAAAUGACUUGGCCUUGCAAACUCGUAUUGGAUUGGAUCGUGAGAUCAAACACUAUAUGCCGACUUCGUAUUGGGCGGGCCGUUUCCAGGCCCGUUCCGACGAAUGGCGCACCAAGGCUCUACUUCGAGACCCGGAACAAUGCGAGGAUAUGCCGGAGUCGCUAGAAUCAUGCGGAUUGAAUCAAGAGGACAAAGCAGCCUGUUUUAUCUUUCUUCAGCUGCGUGACCUAUGCGUCUCUGACCAAGCAGCAGACAGCCUUUGGGAAUUCGAAAACAGCUAUCGACGAAAGCAUCAACUACUUGGUAAAGAAUACGACUUCGCGGCACUCAAUCCCCGUAAGCAGAGCAACACAGACACUCCUCAGGACGGACCUAUUGUUCGUGCGGUCCGAAGAUUAACACCGAGAAAGAGUAGCUUUGUGAGCUUGAUGAGGGGGAAAGGACGUAGUCGGGAGGAGUCAAUGAGCUCUAACACCAGUCGUGAACAACCGACAGAUGCGGAGACCAGACGCUCGUCUGGCCACGUAGGUUAA